AGCAAUUCCUUCCUAACCUGAAUUCCACUGUCCUUGGUGAAAACUACUUUGAUAGAACCUACCAGAUGCUUUACCUUUUGGUUAAAGGAACUAUACCUGUUGAAAUCCACACCACUGCAGUCAUAUUUGUUUCUUUCCAAUUACCUGCUGUAACAGAAGAUGACUUCUAUAGCUCUCAUAAUCUGGUUAGAAAUCUUGCCUUGUUCCUAAAGAUACCAAGUGACAAAAUCCGUGUCAGCAAAAUAAUACCAGGGGAGAGUCUGCGAAGGAAGAGAUCGAUGGGACUCACAGUGGAAUUGGAGAUUGGAGAUCCUCCUCCUCAGUUCAUAAGCAAUGAUACUGCAGGUCAGAUGCAGUUAUCUGAACUCCAAAAAAUCGCUGGCUCUCUUGGACAAGCUGUAAUUACAGGAAAAACCAGUAGUAUCCUUGGGUUUAAUAUCUCUUCCAUGUCUAUUACCAAUCCUAUCCCCAGCCCAAGUGAUUCUGCCUGGAUUAAGGUGGCCGCUCAACCAGUUGAAAGAUUUGCAUUUCCUGUUCAUCAUGUGGCCUUUGUGUCCUCGCUGUCAGUGAUCACUCAGCCGGUUGCCGCUCAGCCAGGACAGCCAUUUUCUCAGCAGCCUUCAGUAAAGGCAGUAGAUUCUGAUGGUAAUUGUGUAUCAGUUGGGAUUACUUCACUGACUUUGAAGGCCAUACUAAAGGACUCCAAUAAUAACCAAAUCAGUGGUCUGAGUGGAAAUACAACAAUUCCAUUUAGCAGCUGUUGGGCCAACUACACAGACCUUACUGUACUUAGAACAGGAAAAAAUUGUAAGAUUGAAUUUAUACUGGAUGAUGCUGUCCGGGUGGAAUCCGGGCCCCUGAGCCUCCCAGCACAGUCUGUGUCCAGUGGCGGUGGUGACAGCAGCAGUGACCGGGCGUCAGCUGUGGGCACAACUGCCCAGAUAAUGGCUCCAGUGAUUUGCUGUCUGAUGGGAAGAGUGUUGCUCUUGGAAGCAUUUAUGGCCACAGUUUUGAUUUUGAACAUACAUCUAGGAUACAACUAAAGUGCUGUCCUGAAGAACAGGCUGAAAACAAAAAUGCUUUUUAUGAGCUAUUUUGUUGUAGAAGAUAAAGUCUGUAUAGCAUUUUCAAGAAAAUAAGCUGGACAUAUUUUUAUAAUAUAUAAAAUGUACUAAUUAGCUUUGAUCACAAAAAUCAGAUUUCUUCAAAAUAUAAAUUUUCUUUUGA